UUUCAGAAGCCACGCCUCUUGAGGGGGAAAGUUGAUGUGAAAUGCUGGCUGCGGGGGGGAUUGGAAGAAGAAGGAGAAGAAGGAGAGAAAGCAGGAAAGGAGGAAGCCCAGGAAGGGGAGGAGAGAGCCCGGCGGCCCCCAAGACAGCCAACCCCAGGCUCGGCGAGGAAGAUGGGCAGGCCAGGCUUGGGCAGCCUUGGGCCAAACCCUCGGACCUUGUGAUGGCCUGGCCUUGGGGGUGAGGAGAGGGCGCCCGGGCGGCAUGGAGCCCCCUCCCCCGAGGAUGCCGGCGCCCCUCGGCCCCUGAGCAGCAGCAGCAGCAGCAGCCUCUGCCUUUCCCAGGCCGCAAAAGUUUUGCCUCACUCGCUCCAACCUUUGGCUUUGUGUGGCGUUGCUUUCUCCUUGGCAAGGAGGGGGCGAGAAGAAGGAAGAGGGACGAGGGGUCUGCAUUCGGGGGUCUCUGCAAAGCGAAGAACCACAGAAGCGUCUCUCCUUCCCCCCUUUCCCACUUUUGGGUCUUUGUUCCUCUCCAAAGCCACCCCCGGCGCCGUCCUUGUCCUUUCUUGCAAACUCUUUGAUUCAUUGUGUCUUUUUGGAGCCGCCCCUUCGUCUCCUUCCUUUACCCGGGAGUCAAGCCCCCCAUGGAUCGCUGAAGAGCUUCGUUUGGGGCCGGAGGAGGGAGAGAAGGAGAGAGGGGGAGAGGCUGGCCUUUGGAGAGCUUUGGAGACCCUUUCCCAACAAUGGCGGAGCGGAGGGACCCUUUGGAGAGGAGCAGCAGCAGCAGCGCCUUGCACCGCAGCCUCUCCGCCAAGCGUUUGGGGCGGAGGAUCGGGCCCCCGGGGCAGGAGGGAGGGGGAGGAGGAGGAGGAGGGUCCCGGGAGGAGCCCCGGCCAGCAGCGCCGCCGCCUCUGCCCAACCCCGACGCGCCCUCUCCGUGCCAAGCGCCGUGCGUAAAAGCGCACCAGCCAAGCGCGCCGGCCAUCCUGGGGCGCAGAUCGCCCGUCCGAGCGGCUUCUUUCAGCCUCCUUUCCCGCAACGUCGCCAAGAUCUCCUCUUCCUCUUCCUCCUCGGCUACUUCUUCCCCCGCUUCGGAGCCCCCCCGGACGCCUGUGAGGAGCCUCUCACCCUCGGUGCGCCAACUUUCUUUGCGCUUUGGAGAGCCCCGAGGCUCCGACGCGCAAGAAGAGGAACAGCAGCUGCCGGCGCGCAACGAAGAACGAGCCCUCCCUUCUGCCGGAGACCCUCGACCCUCCCUGCUCGCCGGAGCUGCCUCCCCCCUUGAUGAACCCCUUUCGGAAGCCAGGAUUUUGGGGAAGAGAGGCAGCUGUGGUUGCGCAGAGCCUCCAGCUUCCUUGCCCGGCCCUGCAGCCACCCAUGAGGCUGACCCAGGAGGGAAAGAGUUGCAGCAGGUGCCCUUUGCAUCCCAUCCUCCUCCUCCACCGCCACCACCUCGGGGUCUCCAAACACUGAGCCCCAGGAGCAGCCUGGAGGCAUCCUCAGCACUCGACUGGCCCAAAGUCACCGAGAUGCGGAAACUUUUUGGGGAGAGCUUUCGGCGGCCACAAUCAGCAGGCCCUUCCAAAGGAGAGGCCGCACAGGAAGGUGGGUCAGGCCCCCGGAUUGUUCCCAAAGGCAGGGAUUUGGGGUCAGGGAAUUGGGGUUUCCCUCCUCCUCCUUUGACCCCGCAAUCGCAGCUACGGGGUGCCGGCACGGACAUCUCAGGGCGGGCACACUUUCCCCCCGAAGAGCACAACAAGGAGACCCCACCGCCGCCGCCGCCCCGCAGUUGCAUUCCUUACCCGGGACUUCGAGGACACCGGCGGGCAGCUCCACAAGGAGGCAUUGCCCAAAGGGAGGGGGAAAGGCCACCAACGCAGGCCCCUCAUCUUCAGUGGGAUGGUUUACAUUCUAACCCUGCUUCUUCUGCCCAGCAAGCAUCUGGUCCCAGCUGUGUGGCUCCGGCUCCUGCCUUUUCAACUGGGGAGAUUUCCAGCAGCAGUGAGGAAGAGCUUGUGGGGUCCAGGCCAAAGGAUUCCCAGCCAAGUUUCUUGAGUUCCAGCCUUGGCACCCUUGAGGGUAACCAUUGGCAGAAAUCUUUGGAGAGAUCUUCUGGGAGUGAGGAUGAAGAAGAAGGCUUGUCGGCCUCCCGGAAACCUUGCACCCGGAGGAAGAAGGAAGGGAUCCAGGGCCAGGCCUCAAGGGGUGACCUUUCGGCAGGCAUGGAAUGGCACUUGAAGGCUCAGGAGGACUUGUGCCAGUAUAUCUGCCCCUUGCCCACUGAGGAAAAGACUGAGCCGACUCCUGCUGCACCCUUGCCCUGUGAUGGCAACACAGAAGGGCACAGGCUCUUCACCCGGGGCCUGUCAGAAGGUUGUCUGCUUAGCACCUCAGGACCCCUAUCCUCGGCAUCUCCCCUCCCUCACGUUUCCAGGGUCUCCAAAGUGAGCAUCCCCCCUUUUGUGCCAAGCCCUUCUGGCUCCCGAAGCAGCAGUCGGUACUCGAGCACUGAGACGCUGAAAGAGGAAGAGUUGUUGGGGGGCUCCUGGGGCGGCCAAGGAAGGAGCUUUCAGGGGGGUCUCGGGGUGUUUCGCUCUCCAAGCUUCAACCAAAGCAGUAGCCUCGCCAGGCUACAAUCGCAGGUCCGGGCCCGUCCAAAGCUGCCGUUGGGGAUUGUGAAAAUGAAGCAAGAGCUCCCUUCCUUUGAGAAUCUGCAACGUUGCGGCCUGGAGGCGGUUGAAUCCUCCAAGCACAGAAAGUCCAUGUCCAACCCGGACAUUGCAACAGAGACUUUAGCCCUCCUCAACUUCCUGAAAUCAGAUCUGUCUGAGCUGAAGGCCAGGAAGAAAGGCAGCCGGGCCAAUGAACCAGCGGAAGCGACUUUGGGGAGCAGCCAUAGAUACGAGAGGUACCACCAUAGUGUAGCAGGGCACCAGAUGGCAGGAAGAUCCCAAAGCGAGGCUCAGCCGCUCAACCGUUGUGCAGUGGGUAGCCGUCCCACUCUGAAAGACCUCACAGCGACUCUGAGGCGGGCCAAAUCUUUUACCUGCUCUGAUAAGCCUCAGGUUCCCCGUAGAUUCUUCCUCCAGAAUACUAUGAAGCAAAGCUCUUCGGAGCUGUACCUGAGCACUCUGCAAGCCACCAAUGACUACAAUGAUGGUGUUUCUAAGACAGGCAAAGGCAGAGAGGGAGAUGGUCUGCCAGUCGUCAUCCAAGACCAGUACAUUCAAGAAGCAAGGCAGGUCUUUGAGAAGAUUAGUAAGAUUGGCUCCCAGCAUGAUUACAACUUUGCUUCAGACCCAAAGGACAGAGGUAAUGUGAAAGCAGGAGGAGGGGAUACAGAAAUGCAGAAGAAGGAUGUCUUGGAAAGGGGCUGUGAGCAGGGCUUGAAGAAAGUUGAUUCUGAAGGCAACCUUUCCUUUAGAAAAUCCUCAGAAGAACUCUCAGGUCCCGAAUCCAGCAUGACGGAUGAGGGGAUCGUAACCGAAGUGGAGACGGGCCCUCCUUAUAGCUAUCUCAACCCAUCAGUUGAAGCAUGGAAAGCAGCAAACCAAAGAAGAGGGAGUCAGACCAGCCAGCUAGAGACCAACGAGGCCCUGCUUCCAAGCCACACAAGCAGACCAAAUAAUGAGAAGGAUGAGACCCUUCCCAAUAACAAAAUGGCUCCUCAAGGGUUGCUAGAGGCACCGCUGACUCCCAGCGCCCUUCGACGCCGGAGGAAGUUUCCAUCAGUGGGAAACAAUGGCUCUGAGUCUAGUAAUGGAAGCAAUGGGGAAGCCAAUGGCGAAACCUACCGAUCCCUGAGUGACCCCAUGCCCCACAGAAGGUGUUCCAUCACGGAGGACUCAAAGAACUUCUCCGUCGAUAGUAACCUCCUUGGGUCACUGAAUGCGAAGUCUGGCAUCCCAGAAUCCUCAGCUCUGGCCCUGUCCGAAUGUGCCGGCAGCGCUGCCAGUGACUUGUCUGUCUGCAGUGACGGUGUCAAGGACUACAACACUGUGAUACAGAACAUCGUCAGCCAACCUGGGGCCAUGGAUAAAGUCAUUGAUGAGAAAGGGAAUGGGAAGACCAUCAAGAAGAAAUCCUUCAGCGAUCCCAGCCGGCGUGGAGAGCUCGCCAGCGCAGGGUUCGAUGGUCCUGGAGAACCCAUCAGUGAGAUGGAGCAGAGCAUCCCUCCAUCCAGCAGCGAGCCCAUCCUCUCUGAACAAAGGGAACAGAUACGGGAACCGGAAGUAGGCCGGCUGGGCUCCCUCUCGGAGCAUGUUUUGCCCUUGCAGUCAGAGGACGAGAUGGUUGGAGAGGCUAAAAACUACAGCUUUGAUCCCAAACUGGCGGAUGUUCUGUCUCCCCGGAUAGUCCGACGAAGCUCCAAGAAACGCACUAACAGAGUCAAUGGGCAGGAACAUAGAAAUGAAGAGACCCCCGAAACCUCAGGCAUCCCUCCCUCUCUCAAUAGAGCGAGACCAUCUUCCAAACAUGUCCGCCACACCAGUGAGCCCACCACCUUUGUCCCCAUUGGGGAUACCACCAGCCCACCGGCGUCCUCAAACCAGAACCUCCAUGCUGGCCCACCACCAGGUCUCUCCCGCCUUCCUUUGAAGCCCUACCCUGUUCUCCAAGCUCCGUCCUUGGAGGAUGUCACCAAGCACUACAUGUUGACCCUUACCUCGGGGGAGCCACCCUCCGCUGGCACUGUGGAUACACCCAGGUCUUCACCCGCCACACCGACCACGUCUGAACCCAAGCUGCCCAGAUGUCCAAAGCACCAUGAAGAUCCAGGCACCAGCAUCAGCAGGAGCAAACCACAAGUGGAUAUGCGGAAACAUGUUAUCAUGACUCUCCUGGAUACAGAACAGUCCUACGUGGAGUCUCUCCGGACCCUAAUGCAGGGCUAUAUGAAGCCUCUGAAGCAGCCAGAAAACUCCAUCCUCUGCGACCCUUCUCUGGUGGAUGAGAUCUUUGACCAGAUUCCUGAGCUUUUGGAGCAUCACGAGGAGUUCCUGGAUCAGAUCUCGGAGUGCAUGCAGAACUGGCACGAGAAGCAGAAAGUGGGAGACAUCCUGGUACAGUCUUUUUCCAAGGACAUCCUGGUGAACAUUUACUCUGCCUACAUAGAUAACUUUCUCAAUGCCAAAGAUGCUGUGAGGAUUGCCAAGGAAGCCAAGCCAGCCUUUAUGAAGUUUCUGGAGCAAAGCAUGAGGGAAAACAAAGAGAAGCAGGCCCUCUCGGACCUCAUGAUCAAGCCGGUGCAGCGGAUCCCACGCUACGAGCUCCUGGUCAAGGACCUCCUGAAACAUACCCCAGAAGAACACCCUGACCAUCCCUUCUUACUAGAAGCCCAGAGGAGCAUCAAGCAGGUGGCCGAGAGGAUCAACAAAGGGAUGAAGAGUGCGGAGGAGGUGGAGAGGAACGCCCGGAUCGUGCAGGAAAUCGAGUCCCACAUCGAGGGAAUGGAAGACGUGGGUCUUCUAGGAGAGGGAUGCGUAUAUCCUCAUAAAGCGUCUUUCUCCCAGCGAUGGAACACAAAGGCCUCUCCAAUAGACCUUAAUCCUCAGCUCCAGGCCCCGCUGCGGAGGUUCCUGCGCCAGGAGAUGGUGGUGGAAGUGAAAGCCAUCGGUGGAAAGAAAGACCGUUCCCUUUUCCUCUUCACAGACCUUUUGGUCUGCACCACUUUGAAGCGCAAGUCAGGGUCCCUGCGCCGAAGCUCCAUGAGUCUUUACACAGCCGCCAGUGUGAUAGACACAGCCAGCAAGUACAAAUUGCUCUGGAAGUUACCCUUGGAAGAUGUCGACAUUGUGAAAGGGGCUUCUCAGUCCACCAACCGCGAAAGCAUCCAGAAGGCCAUUUGCCGUUUGGAUGAAGACCUCAGCACCCUCGGCCAAGUCAGCAAGCUUUCCGAAACACUCAGUUUUCCCCAUCAGGGCCUGGACGACGUGCUGAAGGACCUGAUGGCGUCCAUCCACCGGGAGCUGGCCGAGAAGCAGUCGCUGUCCUUCACCAUGUCCUUCCCGCCGAACAAGAUGGAGCUGACGGCCACCAAGGCGGACAGCACCGAGUCCUACAUCUUCGAGUUCCCCAACCCAGACGCCCGACACUCCUUCGAGCAGGCCUUUGAGGACACCAAGAAGAAACUAGCUUCCAACAAAAACUGCCUGGACCCCGAGUUCCUGAAGGCCAUUCCCAUCAUGAAGACAAGGAGCGGGAUGCAAUUCUCCUGUGCCUCUCCCAGCCACAGCAGCCCUGAAAAUGCCUACGAAGUCUGGGUCUGCAACAGCGACGGCUACGUGGGGCAGGUCUGCCUCCUCAGCAUCCGGAAGGAGCCCAUCGUCGAGACCUGCAUUGCCGUCUGCUCUGCCAGGAUCCUCUGCAUCGCCUCCGUGCCAGGACUCAAGAGGACAUACAGAGAGCGUCCCACAUCUCUGACCAGUCCGUCCUCAGAACCGGUCCAGACGGCGAACCUAGAGGAGCCUGGACCUCAGCAAUGCCUGCAUAUCUCCAUCUCGGGGUCUUCCUUGGAGCUUUCAGAGCCGAUGGACAGCACCAAUCGGGACCUGGUGCCUUUUGACAGCGAUGACACCGAUGACGAGUCCUCGCCCAGCCCCUCCGGGACCCUCCAGAGCCAAGCCAGCCACUCCACCAUCUCCUCCAGCUUUGGAAACGAGGAGAUCCCAAGCUCUAAAGAUGCAACAGCGGAAACCACCAGCUCCGAAGAAGAGCAAGAUCCCGGAGCCUUCCUUCCUCUCAGCUCCGCUUGUGCCCAGAACCGGAACAGUGAGAGCCCCAUGGACGGCCGGGCGAUGCGGCGGUCGAGCCGAGGGUCCUUCACCAGAGGAAGCCUGGAGGACCUGCUGAGCACCGACCCCGAGGCCUAUCAGAGCUCCAUGUGGCUGGGCACCGAAGAUGGAUGCAUCCACGUCUACCAGUCUUCAGAUAAUAUCCGCAACAGGAAGAACAGCAUGAAGAUGCAGCAUUCAGCCUCUGUGACAUGUAUCCUGUACCUUGAUAACCAGGUGUUUGUGUCUCUGGCCAAUGGAGAGCUCAUCGCCUACCAAAGAGAAGCAGGGCGUUUUUGGGAUGCUCAGAACUCCAAGUCCCUCUCGCUGGGCUCUCCCGGGAGUCCCGUGACCAAGAUGGUGGCUGUGAGUGGGAAGCUGUGGUGCGGAUGCCAGAACAGAGUCAUCAUCCUCAACACAUCCAUCCUGCAGCAGGAGCACACCUUCCAGGUUGGGCAGGACAGCAACCGCAGUGUCACCUGCCUGGUCAGCUCCAGCGUCGGGGUCUGGGUCACGCUCCAAGGCAGCGCUCAGGUGAGGCUGUACCACCCGUCCAGCUAUGACCAGUUGGCUGAAGUGGACAUCACUCCGCCGGUCCACAAGAUGCUGGCAGGAUCGGAUGCCAUCAUUCGCCAGCACAAGGCCGCCUGCUUGCGCAUCACUGCCCUCUUGGCCUGCAAGGACCUUCUCUGGAUUGGCACCAGUGCCGGAGUGGUGCUGACGCUUUCCAUCACCGCCAAUGCUGCCUCCUUGAAGACUCCUCCGUUGCCUGUGGGCCUUUCCCAAGGGCACACAGGGCACGUCCGCUUCCUCACGUCCAUCGAACUGCCCGAAGGCUUCGAUGUCCUCUUUCCUUUGCCAAGAGAUCCAGGUACAGAAAAGUCCAACGACUUGGAGAAGCGGGACUCAGUGAGGCACCGGCCAUCCAAGUCCAAGAUGCUGGUGAUCAGCGGUGGAGAUGGCUACGAGGACUUCAGGCUCACCAACAGCAGCGAGACGGUGGGCCGGGACGACAGCACGAACCACCUCCUCCUCUGGAGGGUCUGAGGGAGUUGCUCCCAGGGGGGGAAAGGGAGAGAAGGGGAACGCUCCAGUCCCGUCCGUCCUUGCUGUCCACCGCUCUCUCGGCCGUGUCUCACCGUCCGUCUUGAAUGUCUCCUGGAUCCACCGCACGGGAGGAGUGAGACCUUUUGAGACGGAUGCUGUACAGCCUCUUCUCUCGCCUCCAUCAUGCACGCCCUGCACCCACUGCUAUGGUCACCUGUCUGGAAAGCACAGGUGGGCAUCAACUAGGCACUCCGGAAGAGAGGGAGACAACAAGCCUUGCUUAGGACAGGAUCGACUGCUUUGUGUGGAUUGCCAGGAGCAUUUGGGUGUUUCGGUAUCUCCAUUUUGGUCCUCAGAGUCCAGAAGUUGGCUUGUACAAACAAGACUUCCACAGCAAGCUAUUCCCAAUAUAAAUACAAACCUAGAUUAAGAGAGAGAGAGAGAACAGUGCAGGACCCCAGCCUUCCUUUGGAUGGGAUUGACUGCUUUGUGUGUAUUGCUUGGUAAGGAACCCCCAAACCAAACCCAGGAGCGUUUAGGUAUUUUGCCAUCUCCACUUUGAUCCUCAGAGAUAAACGAGAUAAACGAGACUCCACUGCAGUCUUUUCCCAAUAUAAGUAGGAACAUUUACCAUUAUUUUUCCUGACCCUUGCACUUCCCAACCGGAUACGGAUGUCGAAAACUCAGCUCAGUGUCACCAUUGUAUUCCAGAAAGCACACAGUGACCUUCAUAAUAAUCCUCACAAGAAUCAGCUGCACCGUCGUCUCAACAAACCUAAUGGAUUUGCCCCCAUGUCACCAGCAUAUGGACAACUUGGGGGUGUAUGUGUGUAUGUGUGUGUGUGUGUGUCUUUUUAAAAUAUAUGUAUAAAUAACCUUUAUUUAUUGUUGACUGGGGUGAGGAAUUGUGCCGAAAGGGGAGGAGAUGGUUUUGUACCAUUUUGGAGCAAAUGAACAGCAGGGUGCUGGAGAAAGGUUGUGGACCUUUUAUCACAAAUAGCUGUGUGUGCGUGUUGAGCGCAGGGGUUGUUACCACACAUUGAUAUUAAAGACGGUUCUGUAUGUAGGCAGUAUCAUAUCGUGACGCUGAUGACAUUCACCGGCCAAAAUGGCUUCUGGAUCAUUGGUGUGUGCAUGUAUGUAUGUAUGGUGUGUGUGAGCAUGUAGGGCAAAAAAAGUUGUGGGUGGAAGGAAGCUUACUUUUUUGGAUUCUGUGAAAAAGACAAAAAUGAGGGUCUCUAGACAGAGGAAUUGUGCAAUAUUGAGCAGAUUUGCAACAACUUUCAGCACAUGCUUCCUGAGGCCAAGUCCUCACCAUGAUGCUUUUCUUUAGGCCUCUUUGGUCAGCAGGAUUGCCACGCUCCGUGUUGUCCCAGGAUGUGGGUGGAAAUCUGUCCUUUGAGUCUCCUUGUACAGUAUUUAUGUUUUCUCGUCUUAAAAACCCACUGCCAGUGGCUGGUAUGGGGUUGCCUUGCUUCGAAACGGCUGCGGAGACGUCCCACCUUCUUGGCUGUACAAAUCACCCUGCCAAAGAGGGGACUGUUAGUCGCGCCUAAUUUACCUAUUUUUUCCAAAUUGAAAGAGAGGACUUUCAGGAAAGUUGGGAACAGAGAAAGGAGCUCAUUGGGUUUGCCUUUCCCUGGUAUGAACAAAGAAAUUGGUCCACUGAAAAGCAGAAAGACAGCAAGUUCACAUGAAGAAGUAUCUUCCUAUCACAAACUGAAAUGAGAUCACCAUUGAUGUCAUAGGUUGCUUCUGAGCAUGGGGAUUAAGGUGAAAGCAUUUCUAUUAUAAGAGAUGAAGGGAAACUAAGUCACAUUCCUUGGGGAUCCCAUUUUGGGGAUUAGCUUAAUCCCUGCUAGUCAACGGAAGGCUGCCAGUUUUGCUGGGCAAGGUAGACUUGGUUCUUAUCCAUCAAUAGAUAUCUAGCAAUCCCAAAUCUAUUCAGAUUUGCUCUGUAGGUAGUCUCAGCUUUAGUGAUGUUUACUCCCAGGUUAUUGUGAAUAGGAUCAUAUGGUUAAUGGGCUUCUGGUCUCUAGAAAUCAAGUCGGUGGGUUCGCUAGCCAACCUCUUCUCUUGCAAGAAGUCUUUCUUGUACCAUUUGCUAGUUGAGGAGGAUCUUGCAUGUUGGGUGGGCUGCUUCCAUCUUCCCAAAUUGUCAGACAACCCAAGUUUAUUAUCUAAUAAUAAACUUUAUUUAUACCCCACCACCAUCUCCCAGAGGACUCGGGGCGGCUCACAAAGCACUCUGCCUAGACCAGAAGUUCUCAUCCAUUGUGUAAAUGGUCUUCAUUUGAAUGUAACUUUCCUCAUGGUUGUCCUUGAUGCACACUUCAUUUUUCUGAAAGUAUUUCCAUGAACUAUAAAACAAAAUCCCUGAUUAGCCCUUACUGAUGGCAUCCUUAUUUCCAUUCUUUUAAAUUACUUCUACUAUCCCUAGUUUUCAAGCAAAUCUCCGAAACAAUGAGAGCAAGACACUUUUGCUUUCAUUUUGUUUUGAAUAGGGUUUCCACUUGGAAAAUACGGGGAUGGAUCUGACCUCAAUUAAACAUGACAGUCCUUUGGAUUCUGAAAAUAAAAAGUAGGGGAGAGAUGCAUCUUGUUGCCUAGUGCUAACAAUUUGAACAGAUUGACAAAUGUCAUGGUGUCUAUGUCAAGAGAAGAAGUGUUAGCACACAACUGCAACUUCCAAUUAGCACUUACCAUUGACUGUGCUGGCUGGGAAUGCUGAUAAUUGCAGUCAAAAUGUGGGUACAACUAAUUUCCUGAAGAGGUGGUAAGGUCUCUGUCUCCGUGAAUUUUUUCCUCAGCAGGGGAACCUGAAAGCCCUUGGCUUGCAUCUUGACGCAGCCUAGAAAAGCUUUGGAAAACUAGCAGCUAUAUUCAGCGGCUCCAACAAAAACAGGGACUCCAUUACUAAACGAACAAUGUCAGGCAGUCAGAUACCAAACAUUUUUCCUCGGUCUCAUCUUCUCUUCGCACAUUCCUCCAGGUUUCCCAGCUGUUCUUCAUUAAACUGUCCUACCCAUCACCAUUCUUCCAUGUUCCACCAGUUCUCCCUUACUUCAGGAACUUCUGACUUUGUUUAUCCUUGUUUCCUCCUGCAGCACAGCUCUCUUAGAGUCUCCAUCUCCACCCCCAAAAUGCAAAUUAUUUGAGUUCAUUCAUAGACUACAGAAGCUGUAAGGGACCUCCAAAGGCCAUCCAAAUCUCUGUUCAAUGCAGGAUCCUGAGUUCGAAUCAUAUAAUCAAAGAGCUGGAAGAGACCUCGUGGGCUAACUAGUUCGACCGCCUGCCAAGAAAUAGGAAAAUCACAUUCAAAGUGCUGCACCUCAGGUUAGCUUCACCUUGCUAAAGACACCAGGCUGCACACAGAACGUAGUCUUUUGUAGUUUAUUAGGAAAUAGGGAAAAGAUAGUUCAUAAAAGGUAAAAGUUCGGUUCCAAAAGAUAGUUACAAAAACAAGGCUGGAAAAAACAAAUCCAUAGAAACAUUAGCCAUGAAACAAGGUCCUUUCAAAAGAAGCCAAAGUCCCAGAAACGAGAAUACAUCCAGGCUACAAGAUAAUACAGGAGAGCAGACUUGGUUCUUGAUUCAAGCGAGGAAAUUGCUUUGACGAAGAUUUCCCUCUCAGCAGACUGUUUUAAUAGCAUAACAUGAAGGCAUUUCUUUGCCCUCCCGCUUAUUUGCUAUUCUGAGACUUCUGCGCAACUCAGGAAAUUCCAAAUGACUAGCCCGAUCUAGAGACGUGGCCUCAUCGCUUUCAAGGCCACAGGGCUCGUUAGUAUUAUCAGGCUGAGGCUAGGAACCGCUCUCCCUUUCUGCUUCUUGCACCUGAAAACCAUCAUCAGUAACAACAUCUUUUCUUCCCAUGGGAAAGCCUCCCUGCUCCUCAUCUCCCACAGCAGGAACACUCUGCACCUGAAUCCCAUAAUUUCCAUCAGAGUCAUCUUGAAAUUCAUCCUGAACCUGAAUCCCAUCAUCUUGAAACUGCAUCCCAGAAUCCUCAUCAGAGUCACACAAAGGCUGAGUCACAACACAAAGCACCCCCAACAGAUGGACAUCCAGCCUUUGCUUAAAGGCCUUCAAAAAAGGAGCCUCCACCACACUCCAUACUUAUCCCGACUAUUUUUGGAGAUGUCUUGAGAAGGAGACCUUGCCACCUGUUCAGGAAACCUUUCAUGCCCCAUUUCAAAAGGUUCCUUGUGAUUCUCAAUUGAAAUCUACCCUCCUGUACUUUCAAAAGGAAGUCCCAGUGUCUACUCAAUAAGGUCUCUAUGGAAAAAAAUACAAUGGUAAAGUAACCAUUAGAUCUGGAGGGAUGAUGUCAGUGGAGCUUAGAAAAAUUAACUUUGGGUCCAUACCCAUGAGACUCUUCUACAGAAGAAGCAGGUGAGAGAUCUAUUUAAAUCUAUUUAAAUCCAAAUGCUCUCUUCUCACUUUAUUGGGAAGGAAAUUGCUACAAACAGGGUAUGCCAAGUUAGAAGUGACUUGAUGCUGAAAACCAUUUUUUUUUCUCCAAAAAGUGAAUUUAUUGCAGUACCAAAGGAAAGGGAGGAGGGAGCCUGGCAGCACUUUUAUUUUAGCUAGAACUUUCCUGGGGUGCAUCUACACUAUAGAAUUAAUGCAGUUCGAUGCCGCUUUUAACUGCUAUGGCUCAAUGCUAUGGAAUCCUGGGAUUUGUUGUUUGGUGAGGAAAUGGCACUCUUGGGCAAAGAAAGGCUAAAUAAAGUCCUUGUCAAACUAUAACUCCCAGGAUUGCGUAACAUUGAUCCCCAGCAGUUCAAGUGGCAUCAAACUGCAUUAAUUCUACAGUGUAGAUGCACAUUUGGUUUGCAGUCUAAUGCUGGGAACCCACAGAAGGAAUGUGUGUUUAGAGAUCGUUACAACAGUUGUGCAUGCACCACAUAAUUAGAGCCAUUUGAUACUGUCCUAUGGGAUCUUGGGAUGUGUAGUUUUGCUUAGAAUUCUUUAGUGGAUUUAGAUUCGUAAUCACAGUAUUAGAGCAGAGAAAUAGUUCAUGAAAGUAUACCUCUUGGCCUGGAUUUCGUGUGAGAUUCGUAUUCCCAAAAUACCUGGCGUUUGCAUGUGUAUGUAUGUGUGCCUUCAAGUCACCAGUUUGUUUAUAUCGGACAUGGGCAAACUUCCGGCCCUCCAGGUGUUUUGGACUACAACUCCCACAAUUCCUAACAGCCGGUAGGCUGUUAGGAAUUGUGGGAGUUGUAGUCCAAAACACCUGGAGGGCCCGAAGUUUACCCAUGCCUGGCUUAUAUGGUGGCUCCAUGAAUUUUACAGGGUUUUUAUUAUGGCAAGGUGGGGUUUUGCCAGUUUCUUCAUCUGAAAUGGAGCUUACAGCACCUGGGAUUCCUUGGCGGUCUCCCAUCCAAAUCCAAACCAGGCCUGGCCCGGCUUAGCAUUGGAGACCAGAUGGGAUCUGGUGCCUUCAGGGUGUUUUGAUGAAUAUAGAUAAUAUAUUAUAUAGAGAAACAUCCAUUGGAUGAAGAAAUCAAAGAUCUUUUGGGUGCACGUAACACUUAUUAAUUUCCCCGUUGCAUACGUUGCCCUGCCUAAUUAUACUUUACCUGGAUCCAAAUCAGAAUAAAUGGGUUGUCUCUUUUGCCAGGCUGUUGAGCCGUUUGGAGAAAAGUAUCACAGAGUAUCAAGAGGUGACGAGAAAGCACUCUGUGCAUGUUCAGAGGCCUUAUUUAUAGUCACGAUGUUGUAUAGAUCCCAGAAUUAAAACCUGAUGCGGAACGGAGGCCAAGAUAUGAACUUCAUGUAAUGCAUUUUCAACAUCGUCAACAAAUAGCUGCUGACCCAGCAUCACAAGGUCCGCUCCUUCAUCCUAUUUAUAGGAAUGAGUUGGGUUAUUUUUUUUCCCUUCUGAAAACAUGAUGAGAAAGCACUCUGCGCAUGCUCAGAGGUCUUACUCAUCCUCUGCAUGUUGCAAAGAGAAUUGAAACCUGACCCCAAACGGAAGCCAAGAUAUGAAUGUCAAAUGCGUCUCCGACUUCGUCAACAAAUACCAGCCGCUGAUGUAAUGAUGGAAGUUAUUCCGAAUAUAUGACUGUCUUGGCAAAAAGACCUAGCCAAUCUCUAAAGUCUGACUCUCUUUCUCCCCUUUGGGCUUCAACUGACCUCCUUGGCCGCCGACGGCUUUCUGUACAUAUUGGUAUAUAUCGCUUUCCUCUGUACAUAACGCCCUUGAGUCCUUUUGAUUGUCGAUAUGAAUUUAAUGGCAUAUUUUUAUAUACUUGUUUAAGGUAUCAAGGGCACACCGGCGAGGGUGCCCCUCACCGCUUAAGUUAUAAUAACUAUUAAACGUUGCAUUAAAGACGAGAAACAGGGACGAAGAAGGAGAAAAGCAAAACAAAAAAGUGCAUUCCUUUGCCAAAAUUUUUGCCAAUUCCAGGGAAAUGUUACAAUGAUGAUUCCUGGGGUUGUGUUUGAUUUUUUUAUUUUUUUCCGUCACUGUGGGUUCUUAGUCAUUAAAAAUCACUGGUGUCAGAAUCCGGA